AUGUGGCAUCAACUUUUUAACCCGGGGCUUCAAUCAAAUCAACCUUCUAUCCCGAUGUUUCAAUUAAAUCAACCUUCUAUCCCGAUGUUUCAAUUAAAUCAACCUUCUAACCCGAUGCUUCAAUUAAAUCAACCUUCUAUCCCGAUUCUUCAAUUAAAUCAACCUUCUAACCUGAUGCUUCGAUUAAAUCAACUUUCUAACCCGAUGCUUCAAUUAAAUCAACCUUCUAACCCGGUGCUUCAAUUAAAUCAACCUUCUAACCCGAUGCUUCGAUUAAAUCAACCGACAGUUAAUAAGCAAAAGAAUAAUCCAAUACAAUGGUUAGAAGAUGCACUACGUCAGGGAGUUGUCAAAAGGUUCAGUUACCAUCAAUUUACUUUUGUCAAAAAAUUGGGAAGUGGUGGGUUUGGUGAUGUCUACCAAGCAAAGUGGAACAAUCAGACUAUCGCUAUUAAAAUGUUGAAAGAUUUUCAUAAUAACGGGACAUUGUACAAUGCUUAUGAAGAUUUGGUUACAGAAAUAAAAGUUGAUUUUUUUUGUGAUGGUUUCAAUUUUGAUGUGCUAAAAGCUAAGCUAUUCAUCAGUAUAUUAUCUUUCCAACAAUAG